ACCCAACUCGUUCGAAAACCCUCCGAGAUCUGUACAUUUCCGUAUCCAAAAUCCACACGCGACCGGCCGGUUUUACGAUUAUAAAUUACUGAAUCAGUACCACUGCUGUUGUACCCAAACAAACCGAACUAAAACUAUACCAAGAGACGACGACGUUAUGGCACUCAAGAACUCGCCGGCAAUCCAAUCUGAAUCAAGGAAAAACAACGAAGGUGAGGAGUUCCAAAUGCAAGGCAGAGAUCAGUUGUUCAGCACUCUCUCCUCAACAUGUCUUCGCAGAUUCCAAUGCUAUUCAAAUUGGUGAGGGUUUCUUUAUGGGUUUGUUUCUUUGGUUUUGUCCAAUGGUAGAAUCUCAACCCAUAUCUUUGGUUCUUUUUUUUUUUUUGGAAAAUUUUUAUUUUUAUUUAAUUUAUAAAAUUACAAAAUUAAA